AUGUUCAGACUGCUAGAAAAACUUGAGUCCGGGGACCUGGCUGCACAUAUCGCACGGAGUAAUGGCUACGUAAUACCACAGUCUCGUGAGGUGAUGUGCCUUCACUCAUUUGCAUUUGUAAAAGACGAAUGUCCUGAUUUCAACGACCUGAACAACGAAGUAGAAGAAAGACUCCGCAAAAAGUCAAAAGUUCAAAAUUAUCGCGUGACUAAGGAUUGUGAAUUAGUAACACUGGCACUGGACCUCUCCAACAAAGAGAUAACACUGGAUGAUUGUUUUUGGGGUCAGAAAGGCAGGGGCGUUGCAGUCGUAUUCUACCUUGCAGAUCAGAAUGCGAGUUAUAGCGAAAUAGCUGUUCAGAUUGUGAAGCGCGUUAAAGUAGUGCUUGGGAGGCCGUUUGUACCACGGUUUGGAUGCUCUUACAGUUUUGCAAUAUUCGGCACGGAAACGUAUACAGCUAAGUUGCGAAGCGUUUGUUUUUUUGUACAAAGACGUGCCGGGUUCAACAAGGAAGUGCUGGGAAGACCUACCAACGAAGAAUGCGAAAAAGUCAAGAAAAAGCUGAUUUCCGACACUCCAGUUGUAUAG